CACGGCCCGGACCGCCCUGGGGAAGUCUGGCUGCGGAUAAAUCUCCCGCCAGCUCCGGCCGCGGUGAUUGGCCCGGGCGCCGGCGAUAAAGGCGGGAGCGCGGGCCCGGCGCGAGUUUCUGCAGCGGCGGCCGUGGCUUCCCUCCUGCGAGCUCCCCGCGGCGCCAUGAGCUUCAACCUGCCCACCGUGCUGCCCGGCGCCCCCAGCCAGGCCCGCGGGCAGAUCCAGGUGAUUCUCGGACCCAUGUUCUCAGGGAAAAGCACUGAGCUGAUGCGGCGGGUCCAGCGCUUCCAGAUCGCCCAGUACAAGUGCUUGGUGAUCAAAUACGCCAAGGACACGCGGUACAGCAGCCAGUUCUCCACGCACGACCGGAACACCAUGGAGGCCCUGCCGGCCAGCCUGCUGCGGGAAGUGGCCCAGGAGGCCAUGGGCGUGGCUGUCAUCGGCAUCGACGAGGGGCAGUUUUUCCCCGACAUCGUGGAGUUCAGCGAGACCAUGGCCAACGCCGGGAAGACGGUCAUCGUGGCUGCGCUGGACGGGACCUUCCAGAGGAAGGCCUUCGGGACCGUCCUGCACCUGGUGCCGCUGGCCGAGAGCGUGGUGAAGCUGAACGCCGUGUGCAUGGAGUGCUUCCGCGAGGCCGCCUACACCAAGAGGCUGGGCCUGGAGAAGGAGGUCGAGGUGAUUGGAGGAGCCGACAAAUACCACGCCGUGUGCCGCCUCUGCUACUUCCGGAAGGCGCCGGGUCCGCCCGCCGCGCUGGACGGGGAGGACAAGGAGAACUGCCCGGCGCCGGGGAGGCCGGGGGAGGCUGUGGGUGCCAGGAAGCCCCUGGUCCCUCAUCAGACCCUGCAGUGCAGCCCCGCCAACUGAGCCCGGGGUGGCACCCCCUAGCGGACACCUGCCCCGCGUGAGCCGCCUGUCGGAGGAGGAAGCGGGCGGGAGCUCAGGGGCUGUGGAAGCUGUCUGCAGGCCCUUGCCCGCGGUGGUCCGCAGCCCGUUUCCCUCUUGGCCUGCCCCCCGGCCUUUCUCAGUUCCCUCCCGGCGGCUGGAGCCGGCCCUGCGCUGCGGCUCUGGUUCUGGCCCGGCAGCCGCGGCUCCUUCUCCUUUGGGGUGCGGAGCAGGCCGCAGGCUGUGGUGACGUCAGCUGCGCUGGCUCCUUCCCUCUCUGUGGCUUUCGCUGCUGAGUUUCUGUUCUCACCGGGGAGUCUCGCUCCACACGAAGGCGG